AUGCUCUUCCUCCUCCUGCUGCUCCUCCUCAUUGCUGCUCCUCCUCAGAUUGCUCCUCCUCAUCCGGCUGCUUCUCCUCCUCAUGCUGCUUCUCCUCCUCAUGCAGCUCCUCCUCCGGCUGCUCCUCUUAAUUGCUGCUCCUCCACAUUGCUGCUCCUCCUCCGGCUGCUCCUCUUAAUUGCUGCUCCUCGCCAUGCUGCUCCUCCUCAUCCUGCUGCUCCUCCUCCGGCUGCUCCACCUCCUGCUGUUCCUCCUCCUGCUGCUCCUCCUCCACCAGCUCCUCCUACGCCUGCUCCUCUUCCGGCUGCUCCUUCUCCUCCGCCUGCUCCUCCUCAUGCUGCUUCUCCUCAUUGCUGCUCCUUUUCAUAUCUGCUCCUCCACCGCCCGCUCCUCUUCAUGCUGCUCCUCUUCAUAUUUGCUCCUCCUCCUCACGCUGCUCCUCAUAAUUUCUGCUCCUUUUCCGGCUGCUCCUCCUUCGGCUGCUUCUGA